AUGCCUAGCAAGAAGAGCAACACUGACCGUGGCCCAACCGCCCUGCCCAAGUAUCGCGGUACUGGCUUCGAGGAGUACUAUGCUGACCCUCCCAUGACGCCUGCCGAGGCUAAGGAUGAGCGUGAGAAUAUAUAUAACCCAACCAUUCCCUUCGUGGAGCGCAUCCAAGCUUGUAUCCAGCGCUUCCGUUGCCGCCGCCGUAUCAACACCAGCGAUUCUAUUCAGCUUUUCAACCAAUAUCUCUUUCUUGGUGGUAUUGAUACGUCUCCCCGCUUGUUCGGUGGCAAUGACGAGGCCGACAUGGUAGGUAUGACCCCCGAAGAACGCAGAAACGCGACUGCCAUCGAUACCGUAUACAACUCAGGGGGCGGCAGCCGGUUUUACAAUGCCGAUGAGCCCAGCGGUUGGGAAAUCGAUUUUGCUGGAGUUGUAGCCGGCUUUUGCUCCGAAACUCUCCCUGCCAUGACCAAUUGGGAGUAUCCUCGCAUGGGCAAGGCCAUCGGUUUGAUUGAGAACUUCCUCUCUUACGUCCUCCACCACGACGUUUGCCCCGAGUAUGAUGACAACAUCAAAGAGGCUCUUGCCGUCUGCAACAGAGCCAAGAUUGACCUUCCCCUCACCCAUCAAGCCCUGAUUCGCUUCCCCGGUCAAUUCAACCUGGCACUUUCGGAGCUGUUCUGCGAGGACUUCAACUUUUUUGCUGAUGAUGAAGCCGGCUUUCAACGCCCCCGAAACUUCAGCCCCGCCGCUGUUGUCGAGCUGGCCAUGGCUGUUGGCAUGCUCGGAAUGGGAGUUGAUGAGAAGACAGGCACCUCGAUGAUUCACGCAGCAAGAAACCCCCAGACAUUAAAGGUUAUUAGUGAAGAAGACUGCAACAUGGAAAUUGUCAGUAUUAUCCGAGCAAGCCAUUCGCUCCGUCAAGUUAUUAGAACAGUUACGAUUGAAGGAAGCAUGCCUGAUGGGUUCGCUGCGUUGGGCAAGUUGGUUCUCCAGCCAUGUGUGGUAGAGGAUGGGUACGAUCACGGAUAUGCAAGAGACUGUAACUCCAACAACCACAAAAGCAAUGCCGGCGGUGGUAGCGGAGGACAAGAUGCGCAAGUCUUCCUCAUUGACGACAGCAUCCUCGCCAGGCUCAGACCCGGCUUCAAGUUGCAGCUACGCGUCGUGCGACUCGACAAUGGCGUGUCGUUCAUUCAACAGGCACGAGCGGUCCUGGUUAGUUGGCAUACCUUCUUACCUCAAACUCUCAUGGUCCACUUCAAAGAGCCUGUUGCCAACGACCGCCCUGCUCCUUGCGUUACUAAUCCUGAUGAUGGCGAGGACGAUAAGUCACCAGAGAAGAAUUCAACCGACUAG